GUCGUGUUUGGGAGAGCUAGACAGAGCUACAUGGGAAGCUAUUAGAUAACCAAUUCUCCUGUCAGCCACCUCACAGUGGGAGAGAGAGAGAGCGAGAGAGGGGGAAGUUAGAGGGAGUUCUUGCAAUGGUGGACACACAGGAAUUCCAUUCAAACCCAGCCCUGCAAGUUGUAAAAAUGGCAUACAGGAAGGUGCGUGCUGGCCAUGGAUCUCUCCAUGUGCGCGAUCUGGAGAGUGAGGAGCUGCAUGCCACAUCUCUAGAAAUGGAAUGGGACAUGGAGAAGGAACUGGAGGAACCAGGUUUGGACCGAUUUCAGCUGGACUGUGUGGAGCAUCAACCAGUAAGCAGCUCCUCCGGUGGGGGCAUUGACCCAGACCUGGAACCAAUUCAACCCUCCGCAUCUCCCCACGGACGCUUUGAGCGCCUACAGGAGGAUCCUAAUUACGUGUCUCGCUUCAGUCGGGCGGUACCUAAGGGUCAGAGGCGGAGUGGGACCUGUCUGGCCAAAUACCUGCUAGCAGGGCUGGCCGUGUUUGUUUUGGGGCUGCUCAUUGGACGAUACGCCUUUAGCAAGAAGCAUGUGGUGGUAGAGCAAAGUGCAGACACUGAUGUACUGGAGAAGAUGGUUCAGGGAAUCACAGCAGAGAAGAUACAAGAACAGCAAAGGUACCUCGACAGCUUGUCUGGUCUCAAAGAGGUGCCCAAGGUGAAGUACAUCGCUCAGCGGUGGGAGGGGCUUGGGCUGAAAGACGUCCAGGUGACCAAUCACACGGCGCUCCUGAGCUGUCCAGGACCCGCCCUCAGCAGGAUUAUUAUUAAGAGCAGUAACCAGUGUUACGUGCCCAGCGGAGCGAGGUGUGACCAACCAUCCACAGCUACGACUGAACCGUUUGGCUUUGCGGCGUAUUCGGCUGUGGGAAGUCUAGAGGCAGAGGUUGUGGAUGUUCAAUAUGGAAGCCCAGAAGAUUUGAGACGUGUUCAAGACGUGAGCAAUAAAAUUGCGCUGAUGAAACUGGGACAAGCACCUUUAAUUUAUAAGCUCUCUCUCCUGGAAGAGCUUGGGUUUGGUGGCUCUCUUCUGUACGUAGAUCCCUGUGACAGUUCCUUUGGAAAUAAAACCUUUGGCGUGACGCUGAACCCAGGUGGGAAUCCAUCUUCUCAAGAAGACCCCAGAACCAAUGGAAGAGACGACCGGCAUAACCUAACAUCACUGCUGGUGCAGCCCAUCUCUGCCUCCUUAGCAAAACUGCUGCUCUCUGCCCCUGCUAUGGGACAGGGGAGACCCUGCGUCCCUAUGGCCAUGCACUCAGCCUCAGUGAGGAAAAUUAUAAAUCUUACCAUUGAAAACCAGGCAGCCUUCAAGACGGUGCAAAAUGUCAUCGGAUAUCUCAAAGGCAAGACUAAUCCAGAUCGAUAUGUACUGGUUGGCAGUCGUCAUGGCAGCUGGUACGAGGGUGCGUUGGCGGACUGGGGGAACGGUGCAGCAGUCAUGACUCAGAUCAUCGUUUCUAUGAUGGCUCAAGCCCGCGCUGGCUGGCAGCCCGACCGCACUAUCGUUUUCUGCUCUUGGGGAGGAACCUCACUGGGCAACAUCGGCUCCUUUGAAUGGGGAAAGGAGAAUGCAGUGGUUCUCCAGAGCAGAGCCGUGGCCUAUGUCAGCCUCCACAGUCCAGUCAGAACCACCAGCUCCCUGCAGUCUAUAGCGUCACCUUCCCUUCAGCAACUGGCAUCUGACAUCCAGAAGAAACAUUUGAUGAGUUGCAAUAGAGGUGGUGGUUGUCCUGGGCCAAAUGUUAGCUCACUGCAGACACCUGGAGAUACAAGCUUCUUCUCCAACCAGCUUGCUAUCCCUACAGUGGAGUACACAUACUCAGAUAUCCCAAAAACGAGAGGGUAUUUUCUCACUGAGGCCUUUUACCCUCUCGAGUCUUCAUUAAGAGAAACCUUGGAUCCAGCAUUCAAACUCCAUGAGACUAUUGCCAAGAUAACAGCUGAGGCCAUCCUGAGACUCGCUACCGAUCCUGUUCUUCCAUUUUACCCUUUGGAUAUUGCUCUGGAUGUUCAGAACAAACUUAAAGAUGACCCUUUGACCCAGAUGGACCUGGAGAAUGUAGCCGCCUCUCUGAGAGAGAGCUCAGCCUUCUUCCAAUCUGAGAUCAUGCGUCCUGCCAAUGAUCCGAAAGAGAGAGAUCCGGCCCACGUACGCAUGCUCAACGACGUCCUACGAGAUCUAGAAAAAAGCUUCCUUAUAUCAAACCCACCGCCUGGCUUGUACAGGAAUAUUCUUUACGGUUUGAGCAAACAAACACCUUGCUUCUCUAUCUCAAAGGAUGCUCAGGAGGCUCCCUGGCACAACAGCAUCAACCGGUCCCAGGCACUGGUGUCUUACGCCAUCAGAUCGGCUGAGAAACUUGUACAAAGUGGAAUCGACCUCUUUGAGAAUGACAACGAGACCCAAUUAUAACAUCUUGAAUGAAACCUUUCCUCAUGGUGUCUCUAUACGGCACAUACUGUGGGAUCAACUGGUCAACACAGAAAUUAGCCAGUAAGGUGCUUUUAAGAAUCAAAGAACAUCGUGGGCUCAUAUACGUGCACUAUAAGGUCAUGUGACCUGAUAUCCAAAUUACUUUUUGUCAGGCCAAUGCUAAGUUAUUGGUUUUCCACUCUAAUAAUGUUGGAAAGAGGCCUUUGGUUUUUAUAGUUGGUUGGAAAUAUUGCUGAGAAAAGAGCUAGGAGCAAUAUAAGACAUUUUUCUCUCAACAAAAACACCAGCACUAAUGUUUCCGAUGUCAUAUAAAAGAAACAUUUGAUGUUUGCAACAAGUUUUUGAUACUUUUAAAAUAUGUUAUUUUUGCUUAGCAAUACUAAUGGAGGUCCACCAUCUUAAGGACGGCAGAAGAAGUCAUGGAGGUCUAAAAGACGACCACCUCAAAACAAUGACCUUGUGACAUUUCAUUUUGGUUACAUUGCAUGGUCUUCCUGUGAGUUGCAAUCAACGUGGAGUCAGACUUCAUAAUGCAAGGUCACAAGUGAGUGGAAAGAAAGAGAGCACAAAUUGUGCCAGUCUCUCAGGGGCUUGUGUUUCAGAAAUCUGUAGAAUAAGACAAAUGAAAAAAAUUCAGUGUUCCAAAAAUUUUGAUGUGUAUUUUAGUUUUUCGAUAGAAAAACAAUGACAGUUUAAAACAGAUGUUAAGACACGACAAAGUGUGAGCUUCAGGUUGAUAAUGUUUUUGCUAAUAAAAAAUGCACUGGCAAUACAGCAGAGUUGAGUAGAAAUAGAUCUGAUUAAAAUGUGAAUGAAAAUAGUCAUACAACAGGAUCAGGGUUCGUUUAUAAGUUCAUAAGGCAAGAAGAGUGUGAAUGCGAAUGAAUUCUUUACGGGGUGGUUAUUGUAUUGCUAUUGAGUUAGUCUCAUUAGGUGACAAUCCACCAAUGAAAGUCAGGAUGUUGGUUGGCCUUCCUAAAUGGUUCAAACUGAUGUAGUGAAAAUGCUAGUUUACCCAAAAAUUUAAAUUCUGUCAUUAUUUACCCACCCAGUUCAGACGUGUAUGACUUUCUUUCUUCUGCAGAACACAAAACAAGACAUUUUGAGGAAAGUUGUUUACCGGACAGUGCUGGCACCCAUUGACUUCUAUUGUAUAGCCACAAACCAAGUGAACAUCAUUCUUCAAAAUAUCGUCUUUUGUGUUCUGCGGAAGAAAGGAAAUCCAAAGGGCUUGAAAUGACUAGGGUGCGAAAAUAUGGACAGAAUUUUGACUUUGGGUGAACUAUCACUUUAAUGACAGUUAAAGCUCAGUAACCAGUGUACUUGUUCUCAGCAUUUGCACUAACGUUGUUUUUCUAGUUCCUUUUUGGAUGGAAAUAAUAGUUUUGAGAGUUGCAAUUAAUAACAUCCUUUUUACUUUAGAUACUUCACUUGCCUUUUAAAUAUGAAAAAAGCUCAAUUAGAAACACAAGAUUCAGGGAAUCCAGUUUAAGCUUUAAUUUAUUUAUGUGCCUUCGAGUGAGUCAUGCAUUCUUUUAGAGAAGUAAUUUGCACUCAAAGAUACAAAUACACAACAUUUACCAAAAUCUUGUACUGUGGUAGUGCUUAUUUUUUUCUGUGUAGUUAACAACAAACGUUUUGUUAAAGUCUUUGUUUUUUUCCGAUAUGGUUGAGCUGAUAUCAUUUUAUUUCACUACUUGAAAUGUUUUUGGGACUCAAAAGCAAAACGCUGCAUGUCUACCAUUUAAAACUGUGUAUCAUUUUUACAUUUACUGAACAGAGUGAGCCUUCUAUUAAACUAAUGACAUAACUAAUGAAUUAACAACCCAUAACUACACACUGUAUUUGCACAAUAGAAAAAAAGCAGCGGACCUUCUACUGCAAGCUUUUUGAAUCCAUCUUCUUUUGCAUUGCACUAUAUGAACUUUUAAACUCCUACUCUGCCUGUGUGUUUUAAUGUAUUUAUUUAUUUUAUUUGCUAAAUGUAAAUACUAAUAAUUUUAUCUAGGUGAAUUUUCAAGAUCAUUUUCAGUCUAAGUCUUGAAUUGCAAGCAUUUGUAUUGUGAAACAUUUGUACUGUAUACAUUUCAUAUCAUGUGAAAUCUGCAGCUCCGAGUUGCACAAUAUUUUUUUUGUUUGUUUUUUGUAUUAGAAUAGAAAUCAGAUUUAGAGUAGAGAGAACAUAGGACAGACUCUUAUGGUCUAAAUUAUUUUAUUGGUAACUAAAAUUGCACAGUUGUUUCUUAGUGUUAUAACACAACAGAAACGCUAUAAAAACAUGCAAACAAACAUACACAUAGUAUUUUAGAUACUACGUCUGUAAACAGUUUUCCGCAGUACUCUUCAGAUACUGCCAUUAUUUUAUACAGAAUGGAUGUUCAUGUUAAUGCAGUGCAUGCUAAAAGCAUUCUUUUCUAUAUACAGUAAAAAAAACUCAAAGAACUGUGAAGAUCAAGACCUUCUGCUGGACCAUAAUUCAUUUCGGUGUGUCUGAUGACACGUAAAUGACAUUUUAGUGAAUUCAUUGUACUACACUAAAUUACAUUUAUGCUUUGUUUCAACGGACUACAAAGGUUGAAUCCAGAUUUCUUUUUACACUCAGUGGGGCAUUAAAUAUAAUUGCUUUGUCUUUAGUUUGAUGUCUUGUGGACCCAAAUGGGUCAGAAAGCACUUAAUGGAUGGACAAUAUGAACACGAUGCCGCUGUUUAAAUGGGUGUUAGGUUUUAUUUAAUUCACAGUAUGCUGGAGAAAGGAUUUUUUAAAGAGAGGUGAUAUAAUUUGAUAUUCAAAAUGCACUUAAGUGGAAUAAGGGUAGAGCAUGCAUGUUUUUUUCCUCUGCUGAAUUUGUA